AUGGAAUGGAAACCAUGGAUCAACACACUGGGCCCAUACGGGCCUCCCCUGGAUCCCCUACACUGUACCUACAACUACCAACGCAGACCAGACGAGGAAUACCAACAAGCAUGGGAAGAAGAUAAAGAACAAAUGACUGAACAACUGUCCAUCACUGACAUCUAUGUGGGACCACAAGGUGUCGCUGCAUACUGUGAACUGACUCCUGAACAGAAAACCUGGUAUACUCUGGGACAUGAAAUCCCAGAGAAAGUGUGGACCACACAUCCUUAUGAUGUAGGAUGUGUCCCCGCCCAUCAGAUCACAGUCCAAUUAAGACCACAACAAUUACCCUGCUGGAAACCCCAGUACAGACUGAAACAGGAACAAGUUGAAGGGAUUGACGACACCAUACAGGGAUUACUGACAGCAGGUGUAUUAAGGCCAACUCAAUCUCCAUGGAACACACCUAUAUUGCCAGUCCCAAAAGCAGAAAACAAAGGAUGGAGAAUGGUACAUGACCUACGACAAAUUAAUCAAGCCACUACCACCGCAAACAUCCCUGUCCCAGACCCCUAUGUUGCUUUACAGAAUCUGAACCCCACCCACACCCACUUCAGUGUCAUUGACCUAGCCAACGCAUUCUUCUGCCUGCCUCUCGCCCCAGAAGUACAAGACAUAUUUGCCUUCACCUACAAAGGACAGCAGUACACAUACAACCGUAUGCCGCAAGGUUACAAAGACAGCCCAGGAUUUUUCAACCAAGCAUUGAGAAAAAAUCUGAAACAUCUCCAACUGCCAUCAGGAACUGUCCUAAUUCAAUAUGUCGAUGACUUAUUGUUAGCAAGUCCAUCAGCACAAGCAUGCCUAAAAAGUACUACAGAUCUUUUGAUACUCCUUGCCAAUGCAGGAUACAAAGUCAAAAAAGAAAAAACACAAAUAUGCAGACGAACAGUUACAUUCUUGGGAAGACUAAUUUCUGCAAACAGCCUCACUCUGACAUCAUCACAAAGAACAUCCAUUCUCUCACAUGGAAAGCCAAAAACUGUGCAACAAAUGCUUGCUUUCCUUGGACUUACAGGAUACUCCAGAAAUCAUGUGCCAGAUUAUGUAUCGCUCACACAACCACUCAGGGAAAUGUUGUCAGUGGCCGGAAAUCGAAAUCUCACUGCUACCCUUGAUUGGACCCAAGAAGGAGAAGAAGCUUUCACCCGUACCAAACAAGCGCUAGGACAAGCAGCACACCUCUGCUCCCCAGACUACACCCAGCCAUUCUAUCUUGAUGUUUCAGAAACAGGAAGCAUUGUGAAUGCCGUUCUGUUUCAGAAAAAGGAGGGAGAGAGGAGAGUACUAAUGUAUCACAGUUCCAGAUUGGACAAUAUUGAACAAGGACAAACAGGAUGUGCCAGACAUCUAGCAGCCCUGACUAAGGCCAUAGACAAAACAUCGCAUGUGGUCAUGUGCCAUCCCCUGAAAAUCAACACUACACAUGGAGUAAUUGCAUUCUUAAGCUCCAGAGCAUUUACUUUCUCCCCAGUCAGAAAAAUCAAGAUUUCUGACAUCCUGACCCAACCACACAUCAGUUAUGAAACAGAAAGAACAAACAUGGCCAACGGACUGAAUUCAGAAGAACAUGUACCACAUGACUGUGAAUUUGUAGCACAAAAAGACCUGAAGCUCAGAGAAGACCUGCAAGCAAGCCCGCUGGAGAAUCCAGAAAUCACAUUGUACUGUGAUGGCUGCUGCUACAGAGGAGAACAGGGAAAUGUAGCCUCAUAUGCAGUGGUGCAACAACAGGGACAGCAAAUUGAGACCCUAAACUCUGCCAUCAUUCCCCAACCAGCUUCUGCCCAAUUAGCUGAAGUGAUUGCAUUAACCAAAGCUUUAGAACUAGGGAAAGACAAGAGAGUAAACAUUUACACUGACUCAGCAUAUGCACAUGGCGCAGUACACAUAGAUGGCCCACAAUGGCUAAGGAGGGGAUUUUUGACCAGUCAAAAGACUCCAGUCAAACACGCCGGUGCUCUCCAAGACCUUCUCAGAGCCAUCUUACUCCCUACACAGAUAGCAGUAAUAAAAUGCAAAGGUCACCAAAACUCAACCUCACCUGUAGCUAAAGGAAAUGAUGCAGCAGACAAAGCAGCUAAACAAGCAGGAGGUUAUAACAGACAAUUGAUAUGUCUACAGACAGAGAACAGCCCCGAACUAACCAAAGAACACAUACAGAGAAUGCAAGAACAGGCAGGCCCCUAUGAACAAAACCAGUGGCUUUCAAAAGGCGCAAAUAAAACAGAUGAAGGUCCAAACUGCUACCAAAGCACCGUGGAACGAAACAGAGACUCCUGUUGGGCCUGGAGACUGGGUGUGGGUGAAAGUCCACAAGAGAAAGUGGGCUGA